CAACGCGGACUAGAGGGAGUGGGGAAAAGCAAAGCGAGGCGGCGGCACGUCAGGUUCCUGUCUCACCUGUGCUGUUGCAGCUGCUCGUGCUCCAGGCGGCGGCGGCGGCGGCCGAGCACUGGGGCUGGGCAGCGAGAGGGGACGGAGAUGGAGAUCGCGCGGUCCGCCACCGGUGUGGGCUGCUCCAAGGAGCACCAGAGGAUCUACGCCGAGUGGUUCGCCCUCGCUGACCCAGAUGGCGAUGGCCGCGUCACGGGCGCCGACGCCACCAGCUUCUUCGCCAUGUCUGGGCUCUCACGCGCCGAUCUCAAGCAGGUAUGGGCGAUCGCGGACUCCAAGCGUCAGGGGUACCUCGGAUUCGCCGAGUUCGUCACCGCAAUGCAGCUGGUGUCACUGGCGCAAGCGGGGGAUGAGAUCACCCAGAACAGUCUGAAACGUGAAGACCUGAGCACCAUGGAUCCGCCUGUGAUGGAAGGUGUCGACGAACUAGUUGCUAGAUCCAAGGCUGUUGUGAAGAGAGUUCACCCAAAUGACAAUGGCAACCCUCAGGUCCAAGCACCUUCUAUAUAUCACUGGUUCGGUUCAAAAUCAGCACAGAAGGUGCAGAUGCCUCUGACUGCCGUUACCUCUGUAAUUGAUGGCUUAAAAAGACUAUACAUCGAAAAACUGAAGCCUCUUGAAGUCGCAUACCGAUUCAAUGAUUUUGCUUCCCCAUUACUGGCAAGCAGUGAUUUCGAUGCAAAGCCAAUGGUUAUGCUCUUGGGUCAAUACUCUACAGGGAAAACAACAUUCAUUAAGCAUCUGCUGCAAACAAGCUACCCAGGAGCUCAUGUCGGACCCGAGCCAACUACUGACAGAUUCGUAGUUGUCAUGUCAGGGUCCGAUGGAAGGACUAUUCCUGGCAACACUAUUGCUGUUCAAGCCGACAUGCCAUUCACUGGUCUUACAACAUUUGGGGGAGCGUUUCUGUCAAAGUUUGAAUGCUCUCAGAUGCCACACCCACUGCUAGAGCAUAUCACCUUUGUAGACACUCCUGGAGUUCUCUCUGGUGAAAAGCAACGGACCCAACGCAGCUAUGAUUUCACUGGUGUAACUUCAUGGUUUGCUGCUAAAUGUGACCUUAUUCUUCUUCUGUUUGACCCUCACAAGCUUGAUAUAAGUGAUGAGUUCAAACGUGUCAUUGCGUCUUUACGUGGCCAUGAUGACAAAAUACGUGUAGUGUUGAACAAGGCAGACCAAGUUGACACUCAGCAGCUUAUGAGAGUGUAUGGUGCACUGAUGUGGUCUCUUGGAAAAGUGCUAAAUACUCCUGAGGUUGUGCGCGUGUAUAUCGGGUCCUUCAAUGAUAAACCAGUGAUUGAAUCAGCUGUUGGCCCAAUUGGGAAGGACUUGUUUGAGAGAGAGCAAGACGAUCUCCUCUGUGACUUGAAAGACAUUCCUAAGAAGGCUUGUGAUCGUCAGGUCAAUGAAUUUGUUAAGCGUGCUCGAGCUGCCAAGAUACAUGCUUACAUAAUUGGCCAUCUCAAGAAGGAGAUGCCUACAAUGAUGGGGAAAGCUAAGGCUCAACAGCGACUCAUAGACAACUUAGAAGAUGAGUUUGCAAAGGUUCAGAGGGAAUAUCAUCUCCCGGCCGGAGACUUCCCUGACGUGGAGCACUUCAAAGAGGUGCUGGCUGGGUACAGCAUCGACAAGUUCGAGAAGAUGAAGCCCAAGAUGGUUCAGGCCGUGGACGACAUGCUCGCGUACGACAUCCCGGAGCUGCUCAAGAAUUUCAGGAACCCUUACGAGUGAACUGAACUGGCCUCUCGUCGGUUGUAAGGUUACCUUUACCUGUGACACCUGAUGGCUGAAUGAUGCGACAAAAUAUGCCGUGUCCAAACAUGCCUCAAGAUCCAGAGAAUCGUGGUGCAUGUGCUGUUCCGUUUCACCGUCGGCUUUGUGUUGCGGCCGUAGGCGUAGGAAACCGUAGUGCCGUUGCGAUCUUGUUCUGAUGCAAUUUUCCUUUAGUGAGGUGCGAGCGAGAAAGCGACAUGCUGCGAUGAGAACUUGAACCAUGUGAUGUUGCUGGCCCAGGGCGGCACACGAUGCAUCAUGCACCAGCACUGCCGCGCUGCUCUGUGGCAUUCCAGUUAGCCGCGUUUCGCGUUUGAGUGCUUCAGCAAGUCGUUUCAACCUGAAUAGACUUUUGUCUGGCUGGCUGCGUACACACGGAGAUGUGCUUGCCAGCGCAAGUAGGACCUCUUUCUGUCUCUUAACCUUAUAAACGAAGAACCUAUAAAUUUUGCAGAAACAGUAAGUGAAUCGUCUGAGUCUAUACUACUAUAAAAUAUAUAAUUGGUGACAUAUCCAGAUGAUCUUCCUCGUACAAC